AGACUGACGAAAGAUGGCGGAAAUAGUUGGCAACAUUUACCGUCGUUAUUUAUAGAAAAAGUAAGCUGACCAAUAACAUUGCAUAAGUAUUUCUUUAAUCAGCACAGGAUAAAAACAACAGCAAUGGUUAUAUGGUCAACAAGUUAUAACUUAUUGCUGGCAGACUGAAAUUAUAAGUCAAUAAAUAUGCGGAUGAUUCACAGAUUUUCUAAUUGACCAAGUCUUUUAUUUUUAUACUUUCAAUAUUUUAACACAGUAACACUGUGUACAAGUACAAACAAACAACGAAUUGGACUUCAAAAAAGACAUGGUUUAUUAUUUAAAUUUUAAUAUAAAAGUUAAAUACUAAAAUUUAACUAGUCCAACGGAAACUAGACUAGUCUUACAAGGCUUAAAUUAAAACUUUAAAUUUGUGAGUUUCAAAAUUUAACCUUGUUUUGGACUCAUUACAUAAUGAAUAAUGAUUAUUUACAUUUGCCCGCCCAAUAUGUCAAUGACUCAAUAUAAAUCAUAGUCUUAUCAAGCAAGGUAGUGAUUUAUUUUGAUUAGUGAAUGCAGCAGAAAACCUAAAUCAAUUUUCAAUUAGCAGGCUACAGAAGACAAUUUAUCAAAAUUCUUCUGACUGAAUGUAAGUAUUUUUAAAGUACCCACAACAAAUAUUAGUUAUUAAUACAAUUUUAAAUCAUUCAUAAGUAUGUUAUAGGCCUAUUUCAAAUAGGUUUAAGACUUUAAGACAUACAAUACGAAAACAUGAUGGGCCAAAAAUUUAUAUAUUUAUGCUUGGCCUAAUAUUUAUGACUUACUAUUAAUGAGGGCCUAGAAAUAAUUUAAUUAAUAUUAGUUUAUUUAGUUUAUAGGCCCAAGCCUAAAAUUUUAGCAAUUGUUUGACUAAGUAAGCUAAGGUGUAAUCCAUAAAUGAUGUCACACAUCAAGGGGGGGGGGAAGUGUCACAAAUUUUGUGAUGAUUUGUGAUAAAAGUAUCUAAUUCGUUUUACAAAUUUGUUUCAAUAUGGCCGAGGGGGGGAAUCAACCAAAAUAGCAUGAUGUCAUUCAUAUAUGGAUGGCCCCUAAAAACCAGUUAAGCCUAAGCCUUAGUUAGCCUUACAAGGAUAAACCAAUGUAAGUGUGGCUUUCCUUUAAGUUAUGGAACCUGGCAAUUUAAAUUUUAAUUAAAAUUGUUAAAAAUAUUUUUAGAAAUAUUAACUUUAUAUACAUUUUUAGUUACAGAAAGUUGUGAAUUUUUGUAUAACAGGCCAGAAGAUAUAAACUUAAAAAAAGAAUCCCUGUUAACAAGUACAGAUAGGGGAUGUAACAAAAACAUUUAUGGGUGUUCAAGUUUACUUCCCCUCCAAAAAUAAAACCCCUUCAGUUUGUUAGUGUUGUUGGUGAUGCAAAACCUUCAAAGACCAAAAUGGGUUGAUUACUAGAAAUUUACUUUAGGUAAAUAAUAUUUUUUGAUGUUCUAAACCUCCCUGUGAGAGUCUAUGAAAGAAUUUUGAUAUAAUUUGUUUCUAUUGUAACCCAAAAUUAUAAACGCUUUAUCCACAUGAUUGGAUUCAGAUACCAACCUGGCUGAAUGGAGUGUCUUGUUGACAUGUUUGGCCCUGAUGAAAGUUUCUGUGACACCCAAGCUACCAGACUUCAGUAUCAUCAAAGUCAGGAUUUACAGAGUAUGAUGGAGGAACUGCCAUCCAAUCUUCCCCCUGAGGUCAAUGCAAUGUCUUAACAUUUUCCACUUUUCCUUACCAUUUUGAGGAUAACACUUUUCACAUCGAAGUCCUAUUAAAAAAAUUAUUAAUUAUUUGGCAUUAAAUUUAAAUUAGAAGCAAGUGUUUAAUCAGAAGUGAAAAUAAAUUCCUUCCAUCUUUACUUAAACAUACUUUUAGUCAUUUUACAAUAUUUAUUUUGUAAUUGUUUCCAAUUUAUGCAUACUUUCUUUUGUUUAUUUUUUCCAGGAGGAAGAAGGAAAUAUAGAGUAUAAGGUAAGCCAAAAGUUAUAUGUGUUGGAACUUUUUGUUAUUACAUAUUUACUCAAAAUAAAAAAUGUUGUAGUCAUAAGCAUUAAAAUGUCAUUUAUAAAUUCAUAAUUAUUUUUGUUGCUUCCGGCAGCUCAAGUUGGUGAAACCAUCAGACUUUAGAAUGGAGCAUCUUGUGACACAAAUGAAAUGGAGGCUAGAGGAAGGACAUGGAGAGGCCAUUUAUGAAAUUGGAGUGGAGGACAGUGGAUUUCUAGCAGGACUUUCGGAUACAGAACUUGAUGCUUCACUGGCGACCCUCAGUAAAAUGGCUGAAAGGUUGGUAAACAAAGCAGAAUCGUGAUAGUUCUUAUUUAGGGAAUAAAUUUGUUGAUCAUUUUUUAACAUGUGUUUAAUGUAUUUGAAGGCACGGCCAUGUAGUUUGAAAAACAUGUUUAUGCUAGUCUACAGGACUUAAUAGUGUCUUUUUUAUGUUAGUGCAGUGUCUUGUUUUGAAAAAUUAAUUUAAUUUGUUUCUAUUUGUGGGUUUUCCGCUGUGGAAACUCCCUUAAAAUGUAAUGUAUAAGAUUAGAGCUUAGCUUCUUUUCUCACCAAACAGUAGUUUAACUUUACAUAGUUCAUUUUGAGACACAGUUUAACUUCACAUAGUUCACUUUGAGACACAGUUUAACUUCACAUAGUUCACUUUGAGACACAGUUUAACUUCACAUAGUUCACUUUGAGACACAGUUUAACUUCACAUAGUUCACUUUGAGACACAGUUCCAUCUCACAAAGUUCACCUUGAGAUAAGUUCCACCUCAUAUAAUUCACUUUGAGACACAAUUUAAGUUUACAAAGUUCACUUUGAGACACAGUUCCAUCUCACAAAGUUCACUUUGAGACACAGUUCCACUUCACAUAGUUCACUUUGAGACACUCUGUGUUCCACUUCACAUAGAUUACUUUCAGACACAGUUCCACUUCACAUAUUUCACUUUGAAUUUAGUAACAUAUUUGUACUUUCUCAAGAUUGGGUGCUUCUUUGGAGAUCUUACGUGAGAAAGUUACAGAAGUUGGCCAGAGAAAAAGAGCAAUGGAAGUGUUAGUCAGGAAGGUGCCCGAUGAUCAGCAGGUAAUCAUACAGUGUCUUAAUGCAGUCAUUUUUUGCUUAUAAUAUCAGGUUAUAUUACAGGCUCAUAAAAAAUUAACUCAUAUGAAAGGCUAUACACUGACAAAGAUCAACUGGUGAAGUAAGACCUACAAAUGUUUCACGAUCUCUUCAGAAUAAAGAGCACAUGGAAAAAUGAUCACUGGAUCAUCAUGAUGAUAAGUUGAUUACAAAUAAGGAGAACAUCUGUGACUCACUACAUUGACACAUUAGAAUCACUACAUUUACACAUGUUAGACUCACUACAUUGACACGUUAGAAUCACUACAUUUACACAAGUGAGACUCACUACAUUGAUACGUUAGAAUCACUACAUUUACACAUGUUAGACUCACUACAUUGACACGUUAGAAUUACUACAUUUACACAUGUUAGACUCACUACAUUGACACGUUAGAAUCACUACAUUUACACAAGUGAGACUCACUACAUUGACACGCUAGAAUCACUACACUACAUUUACACAUGUUUGACUCACUACAUUGACUUGCAAGAUGUACUCAUAUUAGAAUUAUUUACCCUGACUCGUGCAGACUCAUUUCAUUGAUUCUUAUUAUGGUCACUCUUGAUAUGGUCUGAUAACAUACAAAAUAAUCCAUUUCUCUAAAUAAAACAAAACAUACCAUGACAUACAAAAUCGAUACUAUUUAAAUAAGUUAUAAGUUUGACUUUAGAUGUCUAGUUACGUGCUAAUUGUCACAGCAUAUUUCAUUUCCCUUGUUCAGUUUAUAGAUCUGAAGCUUGCAGUACUGGGUAAUGUUGAUGUUGGCAAAAGUACAUUACUUGGUGUCCUCACUCAGGGGGAGUUGGACAACGGACGGGGGAGGGCAAGACUUAACUUGUUCAGACAUUUACAUGAGAUCCAAUCUGGCAGGACCUCCAGUAUCAGCUAUGAGAUCUUGGGAUUUGAUGGUCAUGGCCAGGUGAGUCAGCCCUAUGAUAGCAGUAAUUUUGUUAGUUUUAGUCUUUAUAACUAUGUGAAUGGCAAUAUGCCUGUCUCACUGCUGUGUAUGUUUUAGUGCUUUGUCUGAUCUUGUUUUUCACUAAGACACAAGUUAAACAUGCUUGGUAAAAUGAGUAAAACAAAAUAGGGUUAAACCUGAAAAAAUAAACGCAACAAAACAGCGAACGUGUCGACAGAAAGCAUUCGUUAGCGAACAAAACAACAGAAAAACGGUAUACAAAUAAAAAUAAGAAAUAUUUCGUAUUUCUUAUUUUUAUUUGUAUACCGUUUUAUUUUGUACUAACCUGAUUGCAGUCUCUCCCCUUAUUACCCCUAAACAUGCUUGGUAUAUUCUUCACAAUAUGACAAUUUGAAUCAGUAAUUACAAUAAAUAGGAUAGAAUUGAUCUACUGAAAAUUGCUGCUCUAAAUAAAUUAAAUAUUUCUUAUAAAAUAUCUUUAUGUCACAGGUUGUGAAUUACGGUGCUUGUCGCAGUGUUGAAGAAAUCUGUGAGAAAUCCAGCAAACUAAUAACAUUAAUAGAUCUGGCAGGACACCAUAAAUAUCUGAAGACCACUAUUUUUGGACUCACUGGAAACUGCCCUGAUUUCGCCAUGCUUGUCGUCAGUGCAAAUACAGGAAUAGGUAAGAAGGGAGUUUCUCUACUAUUGGACGGACAUUUAUUUUUGCAGGAAGCUUUGUAAGAGUAUAAAGAAGGGGGACUAUGAUGGAAGUGGUAAACUUUUCUUAAACUAGUAAUUCUUUCCCUUUGCGUUCAACGUUGAUGACAAUAAAUGUCCUUAUUUUGAGAGCUACAUUCUGUUUGUUUGAUCUCCAGCUGGCACCACAAGGGAACAUUUAGGCUAUGCAUUAGCUCUGGAUGUGCCAGUUUUUGUGGUGGUCAAUAAAGUGGACAUGUGUCGUCCAGAGAUUCUAGAGAAGACACUGCUCCAGCUUGAACAGAUUCUUAAGUCACCGGGGGUCAAGCGGAUACCCAUACGGAUACACAACUCUGACGAUGCCAUCACUGCAGCAAGCAGCCUGGAGGCCAAAAAGUGAGAUUCUGGAGUUUUGUAUUAGGAGAUAAAAGGUUUUUUAUUCAUUGGAGAUUUUACUUAACAGAAUUAUUAUUUAAUGGUGAUUUUUAAUAUAUUCUAAAUCCUUUAUAUUGCAUCUAUUUUUAUGUGUUACAUAAUUUGUGGAAAAAAAUUCCAGGUUAAUUUAUAGUUUUUUUUUGUACAAAUUAAGAAUGUACCAGAUAUCGAAUAAAUGUGUUAUAAAUAUUUUAUCUGACACUUUAUAAACUAAAGAACUUUUAUAUGUCUCUCUCUGCAGCACAACACCAAUUUUUAUGGUUUCAUGUGUGACUGGAGAAAACCUUGACCUAUUAAAACAGUUUCUGAACAUUUUGCCACCUGUAACACCACACAGUGAAAGGGAAAGGUUGGCCCAGGACAUGACAGAGUUUCAGAUCGAUGAACUUUUUACUGUGCCGGAUGUUGGCACGGUGGUAGGGGGCAUCAUUCUCAGGUAGCUGCAGGCAGUUUGACUGUAUAUUUUUAAGUACGGUACAAGUUUUAGAACGACAUGCUGGUGAUUUUAAGAGCAGUUCGCACAGUUCAAUUUGAAAUCUUUAUUUUAAAGAAUUGACAGUUUACUUAUCGAGUAUUUAUUUUUUAAACAACCAUGUUUUCGACACAAUUAAUGUAUACAACUUACCAUAGUGUAGUAAUUCCACAAAGAUAUAUCGAUGUACAGAAAACUUCUGAAACUUUGUAUGGCUUGGUCAAGGAUUAAGUCAGGGUUCAAAUUUUUCCAUCUGAACUGAAAGAAGUAACAUUGAGAGGAAUUCAGAAAUUUUAUUUUUGAGCUAAUACAGAUGUUUCAGUUAUGGCUAAAGAUAGUUUUCUGUUGCAGUUUUACUUCCCGUGAAUCUAAAAAGUCAUGUCCUUAACUGAAACCCAGAAACAAUUCAACUAUUGAGUUUUAAAAGACUCUGAUGUCACUAGUGUUCUAGAUCUAACAUUUGAGUUAUACAUUUUUACAGACAGAUAAUUUACACUGUAUACAAGACAAUGUAUACUGGGUUUUAUACAAGAUAAUGCACACUGAGUUUUAUACAAGAUUUAGCUGUGAGGUUAUCUUAAAAACACUGCGUCAGAUAACUAAAUUUAACAUUCAAAUGAAAGCAAUAUGGAUCAUAUUUUUUUUUCUACAGAGGAUCAAUACGGGAAGGUGAUCGUCUUAUGCUGGGCCCCAGUGAUGAUGGAAACUUUAAGGAAGUCAAAGUUAAAACCGUCCAUAGAAACCGCUUACCAUGCAGACUGAUACAGGCUGGACAGGCCGCAUGUGUGGCGUUGACAGAUGUGGAGAGGGAGGAGCUUAGAAAGGUAACAUUUCUGAGCCUGAUCAUUGAUUAUUCAUUUCUUAUCUCAAUCCAAAAAAAACAUGUUUGAUGCCAUACUUCGUCUAAAAAUUGCUGAUAAAAAAACUCUUAUAAAUUAUAAACAUUAAUUUUGUUUAAAAUUUGAACUUUGAAGAAAAGUAUAAGUUAUGAUUUCAUUUACAAAAUUAAUUGAUUUAAAAUAAUUAUGAAAAUUGUUGUUAAAAUGUAAAUGUCAGGCAAUAGUUGAUAGAUGUCAGGCAAUCCUUGAUUGUUGUAAUUGUUAAAGCCUAUCCCGUUUCCUUCUAACUGGUCCAUGAUUGUGUCUCAGGGCAUGGUGCUGCUCAGUCCUGACGCCCCGUUAGAUUGUUGCAUGGAGUUCGAGGCUGACAUCUAUGUGUUGUUUCACAGUAAAUACAUCACAACCAACUUCCAGACGACAAUUCACAUAGGGACAGUGUGCCAGACUGGUUAUAUAACCAAAAUAGAUAGGGUGAGCUUUGAUUUAUUUUUUCUUUAGAAUACAGCCCUUGGGUAAAACAGCAAUAACAGCCCUUGGGUAAAACAGCAAUAACAGCCCUUGGGUAAAACAGCAAUGACGCUGGUUUUAUUUGAUCUUUUGUUGAGCUCUCUUACCCGUUCAACAUUUAAAAGUUUUUUUUUUUUUUUUUUAAAGGUGUGUGGAGAUAGCAAAUUUUUUUUCAGCAAAGUACUAUAGUUGUAGUUACACGAAUUUGAUACAAUUUGGAAAUAUUUGUUUAUUUUAUUUUAUUUUUUUUUUAGUUUUUUUACCCGUUCAAAAUUUAAAAGUUUUUUUUUUUUUUUUUUUAAAGGUGUGUGGAGAUAGCAAAUUUUAUUUCAGCAAAGUACUAUAGUUGUAGUUACACGAAUUUGAUACAAUUUGGAAAUAUUUGUUUCUCCAGGAACACAUAAAGACAAAUGAGAAAGCCAGAGUGACCUUCAGUUUUAAAUUCAAACCAGAACAUAUACGAGUAGGUGCCAGACUGCUGUUCCGAGAUGGGAGGUCAAAGGGGAUGGGGGAAGUUGUAAGAAUCACACCCCUGGAGGAUGUCAACCGUUGACUAGGAAAGAGUGUGAAAAAGAAAAAGACACUUUCUCGGCUAGACUGAGACUACAAGAGUCAAGGCCCUUGGCCUGGGAUCUCCUAACGACAUGGGUCAUUGAGAUGAUUGUAAGAGGCACUCGUCCACUCAAUAGAUCACGUUCUUUAUAUCAAAGCCAGAUUUCUGUAGUCAUCAUCUGAUCUUUGACCUUUUCCCUAUCAUUACCGGUGUUUAGAUUUAUCAGAUCGACCAUAUCAUUGAGCCAUUCUGGAUGCCUAAUAUAAGAAUGGUUCAAAUUUGUACAGUGGGUGAUUUAAAAAAAAAAAAAAGCAGUGCAAUAUUCCAAUUAUGUCUUUUGCAUAUAAGGAAUUUGUUUUUAAAAAAUUAUUAAAACUUCAAAUGAAGUUUGGAUGCAAAGAAAAAUCAAGCAUUAAAUCUAUUUACAUUAAUAGUAGUAUUAUCUAAUGCUAUCAUAAUUUUUAUAACAAGUAAUAAUAAUAUGAGAAAUUUUUCUUAUAAGGCUCUGCUAACUUUGAUUCUUCAUGUUAGAGAUAAGCAUUGUGACUCACCAAAUACCCGACAUCCUCAUCCCCUAUGUCAAGUUUCAUCCUACAGCUCAGCCAGUGGCAACUUGUAGCAACUGGUUAGUUUACCAUUUUACCACUCAGCACAUCAACCAUUUUAUUAAUUGUAUUGUUGACUGGACUGAGACAUUACGGUUUUUUACUUUGAGGCAAUACGUAUGUGAGGGCCACUAUUAUUUAAUGCUCUAGAGGGUCAGAGAAACAGUUCAUGCUAAAUAAGUUUAUAUUUAAUUGUAAUUAUGCAAUCAUUAUAAUAGCCAUGAGGUGCAGGCAUUACAAAAAAAAUCAAAUCUAUAUAAAAAACGCAUGGUAUAUUAUAAUCAAAUCAUAAUUAUUAAAUAUAAACGUACACCUUAAAAAGGGGGAAAGUUUUGGCUGGCUUCAUAAUGAAACAAUUUAUCGGGUAACUAUUCUCCUGUGAAUAGAAUGCUGUAUUCUCUAAAUAACUCAUUACAACUUUAGAUAUCUGCCCAUGGCAGGUACGGAUUAUAAAACAUAUUUGUAUCAGGGUGAAACAAAAUCAAAUUCGCUUGAUUGGGAUCUGAGAAAACCACCACAGAUAGGGCAAUCCAGUGAAAAGCUGAUAUUAAUCAUAAUUAAUGGUAAUGGUACAACAUCUGAUUAAUCUGUAAGUGUUGGACAGUCUGUGGUGCCAGCUAUUCUUGUCAAAGCAUUCAAAAGUCAACAAAAUGUUAACCGUGUAACUCAAUGACAGGGUAAAUUUUAGUGAGACUAUGCAAAAAAAAAGUGAUAUUCCAUAUAUUGCAUUCUAAUUGUUAAAAUCAUAAAUUGUCUUGCAAAAAUUAAAGAAAUAACAUCCACAAAAAAAAGUGAUAUUCCAUAUAUUGCAUUCUAAUUGUUAAAAUCAUAAAUUGUCUUGCAAAAAUUAAAGAAAUAACAUCCACAAAAAAAAGAAAAAGAAAGUUAAGUCUGAAAUAUAAUGAAACAACUUUGAUAAUUACUCAUAUAACAAAUGUAAUAUAAAAAAUAAUAAAGUCUUGGGUUACACGGUUACUAAAAAUAUGUUUAAAAAAAUUAAUGACUUUACAAUGAAGAAAAAUAUUUUAAAAAAUUACUUGGUUUUAGUUUUAAGAAAAAAAACUAUAAAAAUUAUUUUUAUUUUAAGGUUAAGGUAACAAAGUGCAAAUUUAUUGUAAAACAAGCUGUGAACAUUUAUUAAAAACAAACUUGAACAAAUUGAACAAUUUAAUGUGUUUUUUUUUUGUCUAACAUUUAUCUUUGUGAUACAUGACAUUUUAAAAAAAAAUCUGUUCUAAAUAUUUGUUGAAAGAAAUAUUAGGAAUUAUUUUCCCCAGUUCAUGUUAUUUCAUUAUUACCAGGCCAACAGCUGUCUUAAAACUUUUAUAAUACUUGAUUUUUGCUGUGAGCUGGCUAUGUUGAUUUUUAUUUGUACAUAUUUCACUUUAAAUUUUUAACUGCUAUUGAAAUCUAUACGGAUGUGGUGCUGUCUUUCUAUUAUUACUUGUUGCCAGGAUUAGUUACUUAAAAAGUACUAAGAAGUUUUUAGAUUUUUAAAUAUUUUAGUCAAAUAACAUAUAUUAGUUUAUACCGUUUUUUUUAUUAUAGUUGCUAUUUUGUUGGUUAGCUACUUUGGUGGUUAUUCACCAUGGGUGAUUUUGUAUGUGUAUACACCUGCAUGGGGGUUGGAGGAAUGAAGACAGGGGGAUAUAAUAAAUAAAGACGGCUGCCUUUUACUUCCUGAAAUCAAGAUUGUCUUUUUAUUAUUAACAACACUAGAAGACAGCCUUACCAACCACCGUCUUAAUAUACUCUAAUACAGAAUAGGAAAUUUCUAAAAAUUUGGUAACCCCCUUUUAAAGGGAUUUUAAGCUAUAGUUUGGCUUAUUUUCAUGUUUUGGAAAAGAAAGCAUCUUAUCAUAAUGUAUUGGUAUCUAUUAUUUUAAUUCUACCCAGUCAAUAACGUUCCUUUGUUACAAACAAAUCUAUUAAAAGUACCCAAAAAGUUUGAACGAGAAUUGCAUUUUCUUUCCCCACAUACAUAUUCUAAAAAUAAAUUUUCAUUAAACUACAAAGCAAAACUUGGAUCAUUCCCUGUGUUGUUUCCCACAAAUCAAUUAUCAAGCUCUUCAGUUCUGUUUUUGAAAUAAUGAAAAAAAUGAUUUCAGUUUUUUUGUUUUUUUUUAAAUUAUACUUCAUAAUAUUAAGCACAAUUCAUGAGUCACAUUCAACUCGUUGAUGUACACUAGGUGUGAAUAGAUUACACAAAAUUUCCUUCUCUUUUAUGUUGGAUGAAUUCUUAAAAAUGUUUUCUUUUAAUAAAGUUUGACCAAAUUCUUAAAGAAUUUCGAUGUUAUCUUUAUGAUUUUGUCUUCUAGAAGUCACAAAUAAACUUACAAAUAUAAUCAACAGUACUUUAUAUAUCACCUUAGGCCUUGCUUACAGUUUGCACAGUUGAAUAAUUUUUGAUGUAUGGAUUAUGAUGAUUGGACUUGGUAAGAUAAUGAGUAAUAGGUGUUUGUAUAAAUAACAUGUUGACAUAGAACCAGACUAAUUUAAAUGAUCCAAUUCAUAGAUAUUGAUCAUCAUAAUUGAUUUUCUAAUAGCUUUUUGUACAAAAGAA